AUGAAUGUAGACACUGCCAAGCAGUGGUCGUUGGACUGGCACAUUCCUCUGAAUGAUGAAAAGUGCGUCCAUAUGUCGUUUGGAGGGGAUCCAGCGAAUGCCUUUGUUAUGCGUGGUGAGAAAGGGCCAGAAAACAUCAUAAGGAUAGAUGCCAAAAAGGAUUUGGGCAUCUGGGUCUCCUCAAAUUUGUCCUUCUCACUACACCGCCAGAAAUCGGCUCAAAAUGCAUUCGCCAUUCUACAGAUGAUCCGACGCACCUUCUCCCGUAUUACUCGCAUGGACUUCCAAACACUCUAUAGGGCCUACCUAACAUUCAAUUAUCCUCCUCCGAGGUCCCAGCGACCGUUUGUGGCUCGCGUGUUCCGACAAACUCAGCUGUUUCACUGGCCUGGUUUUCCAUUGACUAGUUAA